AAUCACUAUGUUGGUAGGAUCAAAAGGUUUGAUCUCGUCAUGAUUUUCAUGUAAUGUGCUAUCUAUCUUUUCAACCCUCAAAUUUGCCAUUAAUUACAAUUUUACUAUUUUAUCUUUUUAACCAAACAUUUUUCUUUUAACUCUAAAAAAAAAAAAAAAAGAAAAAAGAAAGAAAGAAGAAAAAAAAAAGCAAAAUAAAAAUAAAAAUAAAAAUCCCACAUCCUGAUUCUCAAUCGUCUCCUCCGAGCCCCCGCAAGUCUCCAUCGCCCUUCACGCGCCGCCCCGACUCCUCCUGCUCGGUCGCUCCCGCCGUCGCUUCUCCUUCUUUUUCCCCAUGCCGCGUCGCAGCUCUGUUCUUCGUCUCUGAUUGUUGUUGGCUGCUACACCCUUUCGUCUCGGACAAGGAUCAAAACUUAAGAGAGAGCACGAAGGGAUGGGCCCUAGAUCACUAAUUCAGAGGGUAACACCAUACUUGGUGGCACGUAUCAAGGAGAAUCAAAGGCUUCUUAGCUCUUCUGCUACAGCUUAUCAAGAAGCAUCAUCGUUGUCUUCAUCUCCAUCUCCAUCUCCAUCUCCAUCUGCACCUGUUGAUACCAUUCACAUGACUGAUAGUUGCAUUCGGAGAAUGAAAGAAUUGCAAGAUCCCAAGGAAGAAAAGAUGCUUCGCUUGAGUGUAGAAACUGGGGGGUGUUCUGGAUUUCAAUAUGUUUUCAAUUUGGAUGGAAAGACCACUCCUGAUGACAGGAUAUAUGAGAAAGAGGGAGUUAAAUUGGUAGUUGAUAAUAUCUCAUACGAUUUUGUAAAAGGAGCAACAAUUGAUUAUGUUGAAGAGCUGAUUCGUUCUGCUUUCGUUGUGAGUACAAAUCCAAGUGCCGUUGGUGGGUGUAGUUGUAAAAGUUCUUUCAUGGUCAAACAAUAAUCAUCUCAAAGCUUCCUUCAAUUGGACCCUUUCCUAUAAGGCGUACAAGUAAUUAUCAAACGCUGACCUGAAGGUAUGAUGAGUAUGUUUAUCACUUAUUAGUUACUUCUGAUUAUAAACCUAUGUUUUAUUUAAUCCCAUUUUAUGUAUCAUUUUAUACAUUCAUAUUUAUGUACCACUUCCGUAUCAUCUGAAAACUGCAUUCUUUAUUGCAUCAAAAUCCGAAUAAGCAAAAAGUAAACUGAUUGAUCGUAAUCAAACUUGAACUUAAAACUUCCCUGUUGUUCUGAUGCUGAGUUUGCAAUAAUCACUUGCACUGUGAACAUAGAAAAUUUCCAGGACACUGGAUUCAUCUACUGAGUAAAUCACUUGCAAUAUUGUGAUCGUAAUCACUAGUGGAUUUCUAUAGGCCUGGGGUGCUCGACCCCCUCAACCAUAUGAUCUUUAUAUAUGUGUGAAUAUGUAAGUUCGACAUAAUACUAAUACAACUAGCUAGCCCAACGGUAAAUCUGGCUUCCAGUCCCUCUAGACUCCUUACAUUUUUUUUUCACGUGAUUUUUAGUGGUACAUAAAACUCCCGUUAACGUAA